CUAGACGGUUCCAUCCCAAAACAACAAGGAGGGGGGUUGUUAGGGUUACCCAUCGCUUCAAUCAUCAACUGAGAAAUGGCCGAAUUGACACCGCCAUCCUCGAAGAAGAGGCAAAGAGAACCUUUAGAGAUAGCAGGACGGGAACCGUUUUCAGACGUGAAGAGGCAAAAUCAAGUUCCUGAGGGUUUUGAAAAGUUGCAAAGAGAAUCUUGUGUGGGAGGAGGAGAAGCAGGAGGAGGAGGAGGGAAACCCGAGAAGAGGCCAGAAAAAAGGUUUGUGUGAUGUCGGGUAUAAAAUGGCCAAUUAUUCCGGAUGGAGGCGUAAAGGAGUUGAUUCCCAGAGGAGGAGGAGGACGAUAUUUGGCCGGUUCUUGUCCGUCACGCAAUCUUUUUGGAAACUUAGAUCUUACUCUUUUGCCGGCUGGCGCUGAUGUUUUACAGGAUCGCAAAGAGUUCGUCCCAUUUUGGGCCUCAUACAUCCGUCAGUUUCAUUUAUCCGAGUCUUUUGACAUUGAUGUCCACCCUGGUUGGUCUCCUGCUUCUCGAGUAACUCCAUAUCUGGAUUUCAGUUACCAGUUCGAGUCACUGAUGGAACUGGCUAACCAUGCUAUCCGCGAAUAUAAUGAAAAAGAGUGCAAUGUUUACAAGUACAAGGUCUUGAAGAUUGAGAUGUUCAGACGGCAUACCACCGUUAUUUCAUGACUGUGAAAGUCUUAAAUCUCACUCUUGCUACUCCUAUCGAAACUUUCCAAAUCGGUGCUGCCGAACAUGUAUUCAAUCAUAAUAUAGUUAUCCUUUGUUGCCGGCCUAAAGAAGAGGUUGUUAUUGCACAGUUGGAUAAUCCAGUACAAACAUAGGGCAGGAAACAAAGUGGCACAUAUUUUGGCGAAGGAAGGAUCAAGGUAGCCAAGCUGGAUUGGAACCAACCAUUUUGCAAAUCCACCUUGCAGUACUAAGGCAGCUUCCUUAGCAGAUAAGCUAAGGAUCAUUUUGUGUUAAAAACCUAUUGGAAGAUAUUUGUAAUUAUUUGGCUA